AUGUUUCUAUUCCAGUUUGUCAACACCUAUUCGUCCAUAUUUUACAUUGCUUUCUUCAAGUUGAACCUGGUGAUCGGCACACCCGGUAAUUACCGCAGAAUAGGAGGCAAGGAUGGAAACCGGUUGGAUGGGUGUGGUGUAGGGGGUUGUCUGUUGGACUUGUGCAUUCAACUGGUGAUCAUCAUGGUCGGUCAACAGAUUAUUGGUAAUAUUACUGAAAUAGCCAUACCGUGAGUAUAAAGAUACUACAGGCUUUAAUCACAGGUCAGAUAUGAAGUACGUGAGGAGACCUUUGACGACCUUAACAAUAUGUUCGCUAUAGUAGUGCGAGAGGGCUAACCGGGUCUUCAAACUUAAAAAAGUCAGAGGUCUUGUUUCUUUAAAGAAAAUAAAAUAUUUCCACCUUUUUGCGCUAAAAACAUUUCGUGUUGAGGAGCGUAAGGCCCAGUUCAAACGUCGAUCUUUUCAUGUACCGAACCUAAUCCCUCCAAUUAAGCACAUGAAGAGAUCGACGUUUGAAUCGAUUAAAUCCGAGAUGUCUAAUUUGGGUCGACAGAUGAAUUAAGAUCGAAUGGCCCACAUGGGAAUUGACUGUGACUGUGAAGCGACUUCGUUUCAAACGUCGAACUUUUUAUGUGCCGAACCUUAAGUAUAAAUUACUAAAAUUUAAUUUCUCUUGUAAGUUUUUAAACCAUUGGGCAUCGUGUAAAUGAAUUAGGUCCGACUAAUACAGUUCGAUGUCUGAAUCAACCGUCGAACUUGUAUCACUUGUUUGGGUCGACCUAAAUUUGUAUUAGGCUCGGUACAUGAAAAGAUCAACGCUUGAACUUGGCCUAAGAUUUUUCUUGUGAUAAGACAGUAAUAUGUUCCUUCAAAACCUAUAACAAUUGAAAAAAAGUAAUUGGUCUGUUUCUCAAUAAAACAAAAAAAGAUGGUGAAUGUAAAGGUUCAGAGGCGCGGGGCAAAGAGUCCCUAACAGGAUUCGAACCUGUGACCUUCCGAACACUGGACAGGCGCUCAAUUCACUGAGCUGCAGAGAGGCCGUAAUGGAGAGUGCAUGACCUGAUAUUUGACAAGCGUCCUGAAUACUGCUGGGUCAGUAACGUCGAUAGCGUACUGUAUGAAUUACAGAAAUAUUUUGAAUGUGGGAGGCGAAUAAUCAGCAUGUCACGAGCGUAACACCAUCUUUUUCUUUAGCUCUUUUUUACUGACAGGGUUCAAUAUCCGUUGGAACCUCUAGUAUUUUACGAACCGUUCGGCCUUAGGGUUUCCUGAUCAAUAAAAUAUCCCGGGAUUUUUUUAAGUGUUGGGUGACGGUGUUGGUUAACAGCCAUAAGGUAUUGGCGUUUGUAAACAUCCAGAAGUUUUACAAUUGCUUAGUAACAAAAACAUGUUCACAUACUUAGCGAAAAGAUAGUUGGUUUACUUAAUCCUGUCGUAGUGAUACAAUAAACGAUGAUUCAAUUUACAGGAUACGAAAAAACUUACACACAAGCUUUCGUUUCCCUCGCGGAAACUUUAUCAAGUGAUGGAUUUGGGCGUUGUGUCACGUGAUUAGACUAUGAAUCACGUGACAUAACGUCUCGAUAGAUCACGGGGAGCUCGUAACCAGCGUCUUUGUUCAAUGUUGGAGCCCAACAAAAUAUUUCGAUUGCCUCCCCAACUCUUCUCUUGAACAUGUUCACUUACUCGCGGGAAAUUUGUUUUUGUGUUUCAUUGUUUUAUCAAGUGGUUUAAUGAAGUGGUGGAAGAUGCGUCAAGCAGCAAAGGAAAGUUCGGAUAUUCCUCAGUGGGAGCAAGACUACAAAUUGAGCCCUUUACCGGAACAUUAUAUGUUUUGGGAAUAUUUGGAAGUCGGUAAGUGCGCAUCAGGACUGAUAUAUAUGUGCAAGUAAUAGUAAUAAUAAUGAUGAUAAUGGCGUUGAUGAUGACGAUGACGUUGAUAAGACGUUGACGAUGAUAAUGGUGAUGAUGAUGAUGAUGAUGAUGAUGAUCAGUAUUGGGUAAUUAAUGAUAAAAAUGAUGAUGUUAAUGAUGCAAACAACGCUAAAAUUUAGAAUUCGGUUUUGCUUUUUGUUGAAUUGUCUCUUACCUUAACUUACCAAUUUAAUACUGAGUAACUACGUUGAAGAAGAUCUUGGACUCCUUAAGCGUCAUCCCAGCAAGUGUGCUUGUGAAAUAGGUGUUGAGAUCUCGUCUUAAUGAGGAGUAGAUGGCCGAAUAUACCCGCUUAACGAAGAGUUAAGACUGUUUCUUCUUAAAUUUAUAAUGACAUGUAGGUUUUUAUGGUGUGUGAUGCAACAUUCUGUGCACCAUUGAUUGUAAAAUCAUUCCCCGGUCAAUUCGCCCUUCUGUUUUAAAUUGUUGACGACGUUAUAUUUUUUCUUUCAGUGUUACAGUUUGGUUUUGUGACCAUGUUUGUCGCAGCAUUCCCUCUCGCUCCGCUCUUUGCCUUAUUAAACUGUGCUAUAGAGCUGCGUGUGGACGCCGUCAAUUUUGUCUGCCAGUUUCGACGACCGAUUGCGGACCGAGCUCAAGACAUUGGAGCCUGGUACCGAAUCAUGGAGGGCAUUGCAAACCUGUCUGUCUUAGUGAACGCAUUUGUGCUCGCGUUCACAUCUGAAUUCAUUCCUAGACUGGUUUACCGCAACUCGUACAGUGCAGACGGUACACUCGCCGGUUACGUGAACAAUAGCUUGUCUUACUUCAAUGUAUCAGACUGGGAUACACUGAAUUUGACAGGAGAACCCGACGAUAAGUACGCUUACCAAGAACUAAACUACACCAUGGAUUUUUGUAGGUAGGCAUUAGAAGGGUUCUCUUGAUUCUGUUGUAUUCUGUCGGUGGGUGAGUUACUUGGCUUUAUCAUCCAUCGUGAAAAGAACAUUUCGAGGCUUCCCAUCGGUCAAGUUCAUAUUUUACAGUAAAACAGGGAUUAUUCAAAUGGAAUGAGGGUUAGCUGAUUUUGAGAUUACAAUAACAAAUUUUGUUUACAUCGUUUGGAUUUUCAACGUUGCUCACCUGUGUAUGUGUGUGCGUAUUUUUUUGGUAGAUAUCCGGGUUACCACGAGCCACAUGCUCCAUAUGCCGUGACGAAAGAGUACUGGCACGUGAUUGCCGCCAGGCUGGCAUUCGUCUUUGUUUUCCAGUACGUCGUGUACGCUUGCACCAAGUUUGUUGCGUGGCUUGUACCUGACCGACCAAAACUACUAGAGCUGAAAAUAAAACGCGAGGAGUUUUUGGCUAAGGAAUCCCUUCAACAGCGAGGAGUCGAAGAUAUUGACGAUGGAGAUUUAGCAGUGGUCGCCUAGUGAGGUUAGCUCUCAAUUAUUAUCAUUAUUUUUUUUUUCAUUUCACGCUUUUUAACCUUAGGCUCGAUGUAGACGUCGCAUUGCACUUGUGCCGAAAUCAAGAGAGGAUAAAGGGGACAGAGAAGGCAUCCCCCAUACACACCCUAUUCCAUAGGUAAUUCGUCUCGAGUUAUUUUUAGAACCGGGAUAAAGUUACCUCGCGCGCUGCGUGGAUGUUUCGUGGAGGUUUCGCAAGACCAAACGCCAUGCAAAACAUGUCGGGCGAAAGGCAAUGAAAGCGUAAAGAGAUCGAGAGCAUUUCUGAAUAUUGAAGCGAAAUGAGUCGGCGCUCACCUGGGAAAAGGGAAUCGCUCGACUCUUUGACAACCCGUGAAAUCAGUUUAACUCGAAGUUAUCGUCACCUCAGUGCUUCAAUAAAAUGAGAAAUUUCGCCGGUCUAUUGAAACCGGUCGUUUGUACAAUAAAGCAAGUAGCAAGUAAUAUUCAUGUACAUGUAAUUAGUUUUACAAAUUUGAAUUUUAUUGUAGUUUUUAAUUUUUAAGUUGUUAAGGGCUGUUGAUCAGUUAAUGUAAAUAGCGCUCUAGAAGUUAUUAAAUUAUUAUUAUUAUUAUUAUUAUUAUUAUUGUUAUAGGACAUUAAGUGUCUAAUAAAAGAAUAAAUAUCAAACCAGAAAUUGCUCUCUUCAAUCUGUAAAUUAUAAAUGAUCCUGAGAGAAUAUUCACUGUGUUAAGGAUUUCCCUGCUGUACUGUUAGCUCUAUACAAAAGAGGAACGGCGAUUCUCUUUUAAUUUCCGUUUCGCUGACACAGCUUUAGCAGAAAUCUCUCUUUAGUCGUUUUCGUCGACAAAACGAAUAGCAAUACUGCUCCCCGCGUCUUCCGCCAUUUUUUUCUGCCUCAAUUCGUGAAGGACGCGUUGCUCUGAGCGUGGGUCAUCCACGCGGAACACAUUCGCACUAUAAGAUUGGCUGUUGUCUAAUCUCCCUUGGGAUCUGUUGUCUUAAAAAUAACUCCAGACGAAUUACCUUUGGAAUAACGUGUGUAUGGAGGAUGCCUUCUCUGUCCCCUUUAUCCUCUCUUGGCCGAAAUGUAAUGCCAAUGAGGGAAAUCUAUUGUUCUAUCUCAAUUGCAUGAUAUUGGGUUCAUGUGUAAUGCAACGUUUGAGCCGGGUUUUAUGCCCGUUUACAUGGAGAAAAGUUGUCCUAGGGGGGAGGGUCACCCGUCUACCAGAGCCGCCCUGGCCCCCAAGGUUGACUCGCCGGCUGGGAGGGGAGGGUAGCCCUUCUACCUAGGACAGGCUUUGUCAAUAUUAAAGGGGCCGAGAACGCGGGAAAAGCAACCGAGGUAGGUCAGCCCGGUUUCAUUUGCAGGUUAGUUUUUUUAGUACAAAUUCUUCACAUUGAAAUAACUUUAUUUUCUCUACAGCCGCUGCAAGGUGAAAACGGAUUGGAUGUCUACAGUGAACAAUGAAUUAUGCAAUAGCAACGCUCCCAAAGUAACAUUUCCUGUUUAGUUAGUAUGUACUAUUUGUUGAUAUAUAUUAUAUGUGACAUAAUUGGCCUGGUUGUGGUUAAUUCUCUGAAAGAUGUAUUCAAAAGGGCUGUAAUAAAUAAUCUUUAGUUUGGAGUCUCAAUCAGAUCAAAAUGAAGCUCCUUAUUGGUUUACUCUUGUUUUCAAACACCCUGCCUGUCAUUAGAUGUCGUCAUAGGGACAAACUCACUCUUGAAUUCACACAAUGUUUCUUGUCUUAUGUAGGUGUGCAUUCUAAAUCUACAGUCGACUCCCGAUAACUCGAACCAAUUAGGAAAUUGAAAAAAGUUCGAGCUAGCGUAAGUUCCAGUUAUCGGAAGUUCGAAGCAAAUACCGGAAAUAAGAAAAUGGGAUGAAAAUGAAUGCAAGUAACAUGCACACUUCAAAGCUUGAUAAAUACGCAACACUGGACACAGAAAUUAAACUGGACUGACAAAAAGUAAAGACAAAGACUAUGUGGUUGUUAAAAUAAUUUCAAUGUUUCGGCCUGCGGUACACUUUUUUUCCCGACUUGUCAGGCGCUUAAAGAAUGGUUCGAGUUAUCGAGGGUAAAUUUAUCUAUCUGAAGGGAAACAAAAGUUACUCCGAGUUAGCGCGAGGCUCGAGUUAGCGAGGGUUCGAGUUAUCGGGAGUCAACUAUAUUAGACGAUAUGUAAACAGAGACCAUCAUUUCAUUCCUUUGGUCGCUUUACCUUACCUCUUUAAACUUUCUAUUUAGUCACAUCUUAUUAUACAUUUACCUGAACGAAGGUGUUAUAACAGUUGCGGAGUUUUUUAAACGUCAAACGUGACUGAGUUUUUUUGAUGAGGGUUUUAUUCAUAGCCAACCAACCAGGGGAGAGGGGAAGGGGGGGUAGACAAGGAAAAAAAACAAACAAAGGCCGCAGAGCUGCGUUAUUGCCUAGCUGCGGGCCUGUUUAGUGCGAUAAUCAGGUUUGAUCUUCUCAUAACCUCAUAUAAUUGUUGAAUACGCAACUCACGUGGUUGUAGGAAAUAAUUCUUCUAUAAAGUUUUUUUGAGAAGCGUGGAGAUAAUCGUCAGGGGAACCCAACGAGAAUAUAGUUCAAAACCAGUUAAACAUAGCAUUGUUAAACGUAUUUUAGUAUUUAAACGGUAGAUAAAGGCAUAUAUUUUAUAUCCCCUAAAAAUUUUUAUCUGUUCGGAUUUCCUAGCUGAAAGUCUAGUGAUUCGAAAAUUAUAGGGAUCAAAACUUACCUUUUCGAAAAUGUCAGCCAGAAAAAAGGCUCCUGAAAAUUCUAGGUGACCUUUUUAGGGUAAAAAUCUGUUAAAAAUGGGUAAUUAUACCAUUUUUUAGAUGUUCGAAAAUCCUAGGAGAGGCAGGCAAGCCAGAAAUUUUACAACAAAUGUUCCGAAAAUUCUAGAUCUCAAAUCGUCUUCCGAACAGAUAUUUUCCGAAAAUUGACGUUGGGUGCCCCUGAAUUGUGAAUAAGCGCUGUCGUUAUGGCAGUUUCCAUUUCAUUACUUAAUUAGUUUUCUAGUUCUCGUUCAAUACAGAUACAAUAAGUUCAUCUCGCUGUAUGGCUUAUAUAAUGCAUACCUUGCUGCCUGUGACUGAAUAAUGCUGGUUUGUGGAAUCCUCAAAUUUUAGCUUGAAAUUUGUAAACUGCUAAUAAAACCUGUUAUGGAUAGUUUCAGAUGUAUUUGAAAUGAAUCAUCCUAGCGUUUCGGAAAGUCUUUUGUCACGCCUUGGGUCCCCUUAUGCACCCGACUGGAAAGGAUAUGAGUUAACUUAGGAACGAACGAAACGUUUUCUCUUUCUCCUUUGAGGCCGUAAUCACACUUUCACUUUAAUCUGGUUGCCGUAGCGAUAUAGCUGAAAAUCCAAAUCGCUCGAGUAUACAGUUGGCGUUUUUUGCCGGACUUCAAAGUGAACCAAAAUCGAAAUCCAUGUCGCUAUACAAGGAUAAAAGAUGCUGCCUUGCCCGCCUCACGCUUGAAGAAAACUACGAUGCAUUUCGUACAUAUUUUUGUUUAAACAUGGCGACACAUUCCAGAGAUAUAAGUGGAUAUUUCAUUCACGAUAAACGUCUCGAAAGCACUAUGUGUGCGGAUUUAACAUCCUUUUGUAACUUCAAAUCAUCAUCUUAAGUAUAAUAAAUAAUUAGAUGUUACAUAAUGCUUCAAAAGAAAAUGUUUCGAUUGUAGCCUGUGUUGCAAGCUUUUCGGCGCGAGUUCGUCGAAAAAGUUGGAAAGUGGUUAGAAAAAACAGACAAACAAGCAAACGAACACACGUAGAUAUACACAAGCGCAGGGAGUAGCAGGGUACUAAGAUGCAUCAGCUGCGAUUUAGUCACUACAGAGGCAGUGUAGCCGAAUGGUCCGGCAGAGCAAUGGUCUCUAACUCUGCAGCUUUAUUUGUGUAUCGAAGCCCCGACAUGACAUAAAUUCCUCGCCAGCUGAUUUUGCCUCAUGCCUUUCGGCAUUCUUAACCCGCCCUUAAAAAAACCCCGUUAUCAAACAUUGAAUACGGCCACUAAUUUCAGGCCAUAAAAAUGUGGCUGUAUUAAUCGUAUGGGUAUUUCGCCGAGACAACAGAUUGGCCCUAUAAAGGUUUUCUUUUUGUAUUUGUAUUUUGAAUUUUAUGAAUUUUCAAAAAAAAUUACUCGUGUCCGCUAUCCUUUUUUAUUGGAAAUAAUUUUCAACCUUGGUUUUUAUCCUCUUGCCUCACGGAGCUAAUUAAACGGACUUAAAUGCUAAAGGAAACUGUAUUUUUUCACUUGAUCUUUCACGCGUUAAAUAUAAUUUUUUCCGAUAGUUGCACAGGUGAAUGAUGAUAUAUUCACAACUUCACUCGCAUCGCAGUAUAUUGGCGUAAUCUACAUCUCCCUUCCCCCAAGUUUGUCCGCAAUAAAAGCGUGCUGAGUGUAAUCGCGAGCAGACGUGUGAUCCUUAUAAACAUAUUGUUGUACAGUUUGCAAUUAGCUUAGUUUAAUGCCGAACAAACAAAUACGUAAAAAACAUUUCAAUCACACAUCCUGUAAGGUUCUACGGUUCGUUGGCAAGUUAUUGCAUCCGCAAAAUCUUUCCUGUUUUCAGUCAAAUAUUUUGCAGGAAGUUUCGAUUCCUUUCAUUGUGAGUUUUAUAAAUGUCCAAGAAAAUACAGAAAAAAAAGCCACGAAGUUAAAGAGUAAUACCUUCUUCAAGGGUUUCAUUUUAGUUCAGGACCCAUUAAAAGUGAGGAUAUGUGUAAGAACAGUUUAUUCUUGAAAACUUUAAAUUAUUCUUACUCACGAGCCGUAUGGUUUUGCAGGGGGCCAAGAAAACUAAGAGUCCCGUUUCAAAUAGUCUCCGAUGCCAUUUUCUUGUUCGUUUAUUUAGUACUUGUUACAGUUAGCGAAGUAGUAACAUAUCAAGUUGCCUUCACGCUGCGUUUAAGACUUCCGCUGGUGUAAGGCACCUGUAUAUGCGCAGGAGGGAGGUAUUAGCGGUAGAUGAUCGUUGGACUUAAAAACCGUUUUUGAUCGAUAAGUCGGCAUUAAUUCAUUUAAUGUUCGGGUCAUUAUGUAUGGAGUUAGGUGGAAUUGGACAAGUUCAACCUCGCACUAUACUAAACAGUUGAGAGCAGGGAGCUAUGCCUUCAUUUAUUCGUUCCGGUUCCGCUUUGCCUCAGGUAGGAAUGUCCUACAGGUGCAAGCUCCAAAUGUUUGUGGUUUCCUGUCUCCCCAACGUAAACAUGUAUAUACUGAGUGAAAAACAUCCGUUUUGUAAUAACUAUCAAAGACUUCAGCAUGGCCUCACCGGACACCAAAACUGUACGAAUAGAUGUGGACGACCCACCUGUCUACACGGGCGACGAGGAAAGUGAUCGCUUGUUUGUAGAGGAGCAUAGGACAAAUGCGAAGCGGAAAAUCGACUAUGUUCUUGUCUAUGAGACAUGUCAGGAGGAAGAAGAUAAAAUCCCAACUUUCAAGACAAGGGCCAGAAACCACGAAAACAUGAGGAAAAGAUUUGAAACGAGCCUGAAAGAAGCUGGUCUGGAACUGGAUUCCCCUGAUCCACAAGAAACCAGCCGUGAUUUGGUAAGCCGUUCCUAAAAAAAUUACAUGGUGGCAUUUACCUCACAGAAAGCUCAGUAAACUCGACAUUCUGCGAGACAUUAUAAUUAGUGAUUGGCUAAAGGUAUAAUAACUUUUUAUUUCUCAAACUGGUUCUAACAGCUAGCCUGUAAACAUUGAGCAGGUUUCAGUGCUGUCUACAACUCCUCUGUAACAGUGUUUGAUCCGUUGCCUCGCACUUCUCCAAGUUAAACUUAUUAAGUCUUCAUAUCAAUUGAAACAGCUAGAAAAAAAGAAGAAUGAAUUUGUUUAAAUUCUAUUGUAUAAUGGAAUUUACAGCAUUCUUUCGACUUUAUUUCAAUUUCUAUCCAUCAACUUACCCCCCUUUUCAUACUCUUCAUGAUGACAUUAUUUUUGCUCUCUCGGCACCUAUAUUCCCUCCACUUUGUUGAAGAAAACUCGACCUACCAAUUUACGAAACACCUGUCUAGGAUUUGGCCGCUGAGGGACUUUUACAGCACUUUUUUAAAUACGAAUUUUGUAGGACUUGAUGCGAGAAUUGAGAAGACAAUUUGCCAUCACGCAAGACCGUGCCAAGGGCAUUCAACCUCAUAAACAGGUUUCUAGGGUAAGUCGAUCAAUUGAAUUUGUGAUCAGCGUCCAAUUUAGUACAACUGCGACGUGUAAGUUAAGGUUUCAGCAGUACGUUGUCUUAUCACCAAGUGACAUUUCACACUGCCUACGUUGUCAUUUGUAUGACAUUCGGUGACUUUGCAAGUAUCUUACCUCGACGUUGGAAAUACUCUUGUUUACGCCUUGACUCACUCUUGCGCUCGUUGAUUGCAAUAUAAAGAAGUCUUAAAUAUUUCCACUGUUCACCAGCCUAGAAGGCUACAACGUCACACUUUACCCGUGCUAUACUUGUCUAAAAAGCGCUUGAGUACUGUCAAUUACCAAGCCUCUUCUUCGAGCAGUAUUUGCUUCCGGUUAGAUGGCAGAUACAUUUCAAGGUUAUCAACAUUUUACGUUCAAGGAGGCAUUUUGGCCAAUUUCCUUUCUUUUUCUUUUUAUCCGUUCUUUUUUUUUUCCUCAUGGCUGUAGAAGGUAUCUGUUAUGCUUCAUUUUUAUCUUAGUCAAAAUUUCAAUUUCUUUUGUUUCAAAAGUAUUUCUUACAUUAUCAAAUUUAAUACACAAAAAUCAGCAGAUGUCAGUGGCACCGUUGUUAUGGUGGUUGACUAUAUGGUCUUUGUCUACAAAUUUUUUACUUCAAAUUCUAUUGUUAUAUAGCUGGAAAUUUUUUCCCAAAAGCGCGCGUUCUCAAUGGUUACUUCGAGGUCACAUGAAAUUUAACAAUGAACUGUUUCCCGCCAAAAUCUCAGUGGGCGAAACUGCAAAAUCUAUGAUUUUAGAGAGUAACAGUGCAAUUUACCCGCCAACAGAGAAUUUAAGCAAGAACAUUUUUGAGGGCCGCACGUCAAACGGAACUGGGGUCUUUUCCCUGUUAACCCUCGGAUGUACAAGGGUGGGGGCACCCCUCCUAAGGUUUUUCCUGAUUUUUUUUCCAAGGCGAUAAUACGUCAGCACCUGACGUUUUCUGUAACUGUUCGUUUAUCUAUGGUUACAAGAUACGACAUCAUAACCAGCAGGUGGUCAAGCCAUUUUUGAGUGAAAAUGCAUGUUUUCUCAACUUCUUUCAGGAAUAAAAGUAAAGCUUGUGGAUAAAAUGGUGCAAAGUAAUUUAUUUAUAUAUUGAUUUAAACGUUAAGCGCAAAAAAUUGUUACUUCUCACUGUUUUUACCUGAUUUCUAAUUCUUGAAAAAAUCAAAGAUGGCGUCCACGAAGACAACCAUGUUUGGUGACGUCACAGACCUCCAGCAGCGCCACCACCCAUGAAAUAUCCGUCAUCUUGUAGAGAAGAUCAAAGAUCAAAGAUCCACUGAAGGCAAAAUCGUUUCAAAAUACUGCAACAUAUUAAAAAAGUCAAGGCGGGUGGUGGGGGUCCAUCAAGGCUCCCCCCUCUUGUACCACGUUGGGGAUAUGAGUUUGCGUGCACGUCCGAACCAAAUUUGUGUUGUUAGUUUUCUUAACUCUUAUAAAGACGAUUUGCUCGAAAAUUUGGACAAAAUUAAACCAAUGUCAAAGGAUGCAAAAAGUAGACGUCCGGUUGACGUGCGUCGCUCAAAAUCGUCUUUGCUUAAGUUCCGUAAUGUUGACCGAAGACCGCCGUUACAGCGAGGUUCGAGGUGUUUCGAUACAGUUUUUUGGAGACCUUCCCAAUAUUUUUCAAUCGCCUUAAAAGUAAUUUGCUGUAUGCUUGAGUUCAAAUAAAACUUAAUAUCAUAUUUCAUCAAGUUUUCGUUGCUAAAAAAAUUUUGGUGUUUUUUCUUUCUUGCGAUCCUGAAAAGUAAGCUGUUUUCUUAACACCUGUCCAAGUACAUGUUUAUUCCAAACUUUGACACCUUAAUGAAUUUCCGGCAAGAAACAAAUCACUUAAAUGCUGAUCCCUCGGGAAACAGUUGAUUUUGUUUUUCCUCUAAUCUCAAUGUAUCCCUCGGCUCCGCCUCUGGACACACCGAAUAAUUAGCUGUUUCCCCAGGAUCAGUCAUUAGGUGUAAAGUUGAAUUUUAAAGAACUCCAAAUCUUCAGAAAACUUCUCGUUUUCCAUAACUUAUUCUACCCGAAAAAAUAUCAAGAGUUAAUUAAACGCAAUGUGCUCCGCCUCAUCGACAUCUUACUCUGAGGUGGCAUUUUUCUUUUAUAUCCAAAAGUUAAAUUGAUAUCAUCAGAUUAUUAUUGGGAAUGAGCUUCUUUAUUAUGAGGGCACUUUGGUUAUGUGCUUGCUUUUACUUUCAGCGCCCUCUAAUCAAACGACAUUUUGUUCUUAUUCAUGCUCCAUGGUCCGUGUUGGCCAAACACGCUGAAGAAAUGCAUCUAAAAGUUCCCUUUAAAGAGAAUGACGUUGAAAUCAAGAAGUCUUGGCUUGAGACGAAGCUUAAGGAUAAGAGAAACCCGUUAGUGAUCCAAGAUCCUACCUUUGAAGCUCGAGAAGAUUUCUUCACGGCAAACUUCAGGCAAGAUCGCUUUGAGAAGUUCGUCAAGAAUGACCACAUAGAGGAAUUCUUUGAUAAUAUCGACCGUGUGUACAUCGUGCAGAGAAUCUGCAAAAGCGCUUACUUUGGUGCAUCAGAUGGUAAAAUAAAGCCAUUAGAUGACCAAACGGGCUCGGCGGAAAGGGGGCCAGCAGAUGAUCAAACGGAACCAGCGGAGGAAAACCCGUCAGAAGAUAAGACGGAGGAAGUGGAUGUUGGGUUGGAAAAUUUGAUUCUCAGUGGCGCUUACGUAGCAGCAUACCCACUUCAUGAUGGCCUUGAUGUUCUUGAACGCGACAAAACCCCCAAGAAUGACCGUCAGUGUCUCAAACGUGACUGUGCCAGGCCUGGAAGAUUGUGUAAAUACCAGCCGUAUGACGCAAUCAACAAAUACUUUGGAAGUGAGAUUGCUAUGUAUUUCGCUUGGGUUGGGUUCUACACGGGAAUGCUAGCUCCGCUGGCCAUCAUCGGUUUAAUCGUGUUCCUGUAUGGAAUCGGUUCUGCUGGUGAUCACAUCCCCGUUAAAGAUGUCUGUGAUGAAAAUAACAAGGGAAAAUGGUACAUGUGUCCAUUGUGCGACAAGAAGUGUAGCUACUGGGAUCUCGCAUCUACUACAUGCGUGUAUGCUUAUGUUACCCACUUCUUUGACAACGACUGGACAGUUGGUCUGGCCGUGAUUGCAUCGAUCUGGGGAACCCUGUUUCUUGAGUUGUGA